CUACCUAACUCGAAGUAGGCAGCUGAUUCAGAGCUACCGCGAGGCUGGGCUGUGUGUUCUUAGGGCAUGCAGGACUUGUAUGGACAUGUUCCAUUCACUCUUUCUCUCGCGUACAACCACAUAGCUUUUCCUCUUAUCAUUUUCUCUUCUAUCCAUGCUAGAUACCUUUGUCAAAUCCUUCACACAUCUGAAGGAUCGACCCAAAGCUGAUGAAGCGCUUCCGCUUCUCCAACGGCUUGCUUCACUCGUGAAGCCUAUCAUGCGGAAGCAUGGUUGGGUGCUUCCAGUAUUGGCAGAGUUCUUUCCAGAGAGCCCAAAUCUACUAGGUCUGAACAUGAAUUCUGGACAAAAGAUCCUGAUACGUCUCAGGCCAGCGUGGGCACCAGAUACGUUCUACGACGAGGAGGAUCUUGUCCAUACCCUGCUGCAUGAGUUAACGCAUAAUGUGCACGGUCCCCAUGAUCAGCAGUUCUACAAAUACUUAGCAGGUCUUGAAGAAGAAUACGAAGUCCUCAAACGCUCAGGCUAUUCCGGCGAAGGGUUCUUCUCAAAGGGUCAACGCCUAGGCCAGAACGUCUCUCACGACUUACUUCCUCACUUAGCCCGCGCCAAAGCGCUCGAGGCUGCGGAGAAGAGAAGAAAGGUAAGUCAGGUCCUAGGCGGCCCCCGACGACUUGGCGGCGGUAUCACGAAUGGAGGAAAGUCUCCCAGGGAACUCGCUGCAGAGGCUGCGGAACGACGAGCUCGUGACGAGAAAGCAUGUGGUUCAGGGGAAGAAGCUCAACGUGAAGCCGACAAAGCAGCAAGGGAGAGCAUCGAGGACAAAGUCAUCGACCUUACCGGGGAUUCGGACACAGAAGUUGAAGUUAUCAAGAUGCCAAUACCGACUAAGCCACCUCAACCAUCUCAGAUUACGAUAAGUCAGCCUACAGAGGGACGUAGGCCGCAGGCUUUUGCCACACCAAUGCGAAGUUCGAAUCGUUCCCGUUCUCGAGCUCCGCCACCACGUUCCUCUAAGAAGCUGAUUACUCCUCCCCCUUCUCCAGAUGUAGCUCUUGGUCCUAUCAAGCAUUCACAUUCGCCUAUACCCCCGGCGGAGCCCUGGACUUGUCCAAGGUGCACUCUAAUAAACGAAGCGUUCGCGGUGGAGUGUGCCGUUUGUUUGCUGAUCCGCCCUCAAACUCCUAAGCCUACCCCCGGUUGGGUUUGCCAGACUUGUGGCGAGAAGGGGAAUCCUCACCAGUUUUGGACCUGCCGCUUCUGUGGCACGGUCAAGGCGGACAGUAGCACCAGUGUCAGUAGUAUUUAACGUGGUGGUGCUAUAUCCGUGAUACCCUUAGUUACCCAACGUACAUACCAUCGUUGCGGGGCGGGAUUAUAUAGCGUACUUCGCUUUGUCAUAUUCAAUAGGAGCGCAUAGGAUCUCAGUGUAUUAUUAAUGGAGGCGCCAUCCUUGCAUGGGGAUGACAUUAUUAUAGUCACUAUCGCACGUAGCAUAGACGAUAUAUCUUAACAUUGUGAGAUUUGUUUGCUUGUGGGAUCCCG